UCAAGCGCCCGAGUCCAAGCGUAACGCGGAGAGAAGGAAGCCUCUUGCGCGCCCCUUCUCCUACCUCUUUCGCCAAGCAGGUUGAUCGGCGCGAUCGCUAGGAGCCUGCGGGGCGGAUCUCCUCCAAGCUGCAGCCAUGCCGAAGCAGAUUCACGAGAUCAAGGACUUCCUCCUGACGGCCCGGAGGAAGGAUGCACGCUCGGUGAAGAUCAAGAAGACGGGGGAUGUGACCAAGUUCAAGGUGCGGUGCAGCCGGUACCUCUACACCCUGGCCGUCGUGGACCAGGACAAGGCCGACAAGCUCAAGCAGUCGCUGCCCCCAGGUCUCCAUGUACAAGACAUCUAGAUAUGUGAACAGACCUUCCUCAGCCAAGGCGCAAUAUUGAGUGCCUGUUGAGGCUUCCUUCCCUUCUGCGAUUCAAUCAUGGACUGCAAACAACCGCUUUGAAUGUCAGCCCUCGUAUCAUCACUUGCACAAGCACACGAGGAAUGUGGGCGCGCAAUACACUGGUUAUGUGGUUUUCGAGUCCUGCUGUGCAAGGCUGUGUGAGUCUGUGUGCUGACACCCAAGGUCAAUCGCCACAAUGCUACACCA